AUGGCUUCCCUCGACGUUGUCGAUACCACUCCACCCCUCCUCAACAUCAACAUGGUGAAUGUUACGAAGCUAACCUCUCUUAACUUUCUCACCUGGAGUCUCCAGGUGCACUCUCUCCUUGAUGGUCAUGAUCUUGCUGCCUUUGCGAUCUGGCGUCGCCAAGAUAAGCUGAUAUACAGUGGUCUCCUUGGUACUCUAUCUCCUUCUAUUCAAUCUAUUGUCUCCAAAACCACCACUACUGCUGAGAUGUGGAAGAAGCUCUCCGCAACUUACGCAAAUCCGAGUUGGGGACACAUUCAACAGCUUCUUCUUCAACUCAAACAAUACUCAAAAGGUACCAAACUGUGGAUGACUAUAUGCAAGGUCUUGUUACUCGUUUCGACUUUCGAUCAGUUUGCACUUCUUGGGAAACCACUGGAACAUGAGGAACAGCUCGAGUUUAUCCUCACGGGUUUGUCUGAAGAUUACAAAUCUGUCAUCGAACAGAUCGAAGGUCGUGAGACUCCUCCCUCUCUCUCUCAUUGA